UAAUGUUAUACUAUAUUAGACAAUUCAACCGUCUCUUUUUAUUUAGGCUAAGGAACACGAAUCCAAAUAUAUCUUUGGUGUAUUUUAGCACAGCAGUUAAACUAUUUGUGAAAUAUUGCAGAGUAUAUCUAAACCCCUGGGAAUACCAAGGUCAUGCCCCAAUCACCCGCUAGGUGGUUGCCUAUGUGGAAGCAUUAUGUUACUCUUUUGUCUACACAAGAUGCUGAUGAUUUAUGAAUGGCUUCAAUCGUCGCAAAUAAGGUAGGUGCUGGUAAAACAGCCGCAGUUUCUUAUAUGCACAGAAAUAAGGCUGUCCUUGGAAAUGGAGCAGGCCAUUAGCCAUCAUCUGGCAAAAGGAAAGGCUCCUAUUGUGUUUAAUUAAUGUGUCUUGUGAACGCAGACGUGGUGCCAAGGCCCCAGUGAAGCCCAGCAAUCAGGUGUGAGAACAUGAUUAUAAUUUCCUUUUGAAACGAGCAUUUAUAAGGUCGGUCCAAACAAGUUGUUUGUUCGAUCAGUUGGUAAGAAUGUCACCGUUAGAGGGAGUAUUCCGCUGGUCGGCAUGAAUUCCAGAGGGCAAAUGCUUCGGAACGUUUAUCGCAGAGGAGGUAACAUUGUGCGCUCAAGAGCCAGACAGGAUCACCGUCUCGGACGCUAUCAGCAGCACUUACUACUCAUUGAGUUGAUGGUUAACCGAACAUGGCCACAGCUUUACGAUGGGAAUGACUACCAUUAUUGGAACAGAGAAGAGGUCGUAUUUUUGGACUCCUCGCCUGUAAGGUGAGCAACUACGACGGCCUACCUUUUCCUAGAUCUUCCCACGAAGAAAGAGUUUUGCCCAGAAUCAAUCAAGGCGUGGCGGUCAUCUCAACGGCUGAGACCGGGGGCGGAGAAGCACAGCCAAUAGCCUGUGAUCAUCUGCUCUUAAUCGCCAUCACGGUUGGGGAAAAUGACGCUAAUGAACUGCUGAACCUCCCUGAACAGCUUAGUCAGCUGGCCGAUAGAAGGACACACAGCUCCCAAAAAGUAUUGCAAGGACCUUCCCAUCAUGACUGAAUCUGCGGUCUUCGUUACGGACAUUGCUACCACAGUGGUGGAUUUAUUCGCGCCCACAAACUUUAGUGACCGGAUGGCGAACACCAAUUUUCCCCUACUCGUGUACAGCUCUCCCAGAUACUACUUCAACGGCAGUCUAGACAAUGCCACCACUCCAGCUCCACCGGCUUCUUUUCCAGCGGCCUUUGAGACCACGGUGCGGAUCAUGGUGCCCACCAUCAUCGCCAUCAUCGCCAUCAUCGGGCUGAUCGGCAACGGCACGGUGCUCUACAUCAUCUUCCGGUACCGGGAGAUGCAGAACAUAACGAACUAUUUCAUCGCCAACCUGGCCGUGACAGAUGUGGCCAUGCUAGCUAUUUGUGCCAUUCCCACCGCAGCAAACAUAGCCGGGAUGCCGAUUGGCGAGGGACUGUGCAAGGGAAUCAACUACAUGCAAUUUGUGACCGUGCAAGCGACUUGUUGCACCCUGACAGCAAUGUCAAUCGAUCGGUAUCUUCUCAUUGUCCAUGCCGUUCGGUCUCGAAAUACCCGAACGACAACCAGGGCCAUCAUCAUCAACGUUGCUGUUUGGAUUGGUUCCUUUGUCGUGCACAGUCCAGUUGCCAUAUUCUACGUUCUGGAGAAUGAUAAAUGUUUUAUGAAGAUGGGACAGAAUGGGAGAGACGCCAGGUUCUACUACUUGGGCUCGUUUCUCUCAAUGUACGUGAUCCCCUUAGUCGUCAUCCUCAUGUGCUACGCUAAGAUUCUUGUUAUUGUGUGGCGGAAAACAUCAGCAGGCACCGAAAGCGCCCAGGCCCACGAGCGGUCCAUCCGCCAGAAGCGUAAGAUCACACGCAUGGUGUUCAUCGUGGUUCUCCUGUUUGCAGUCUGCUGGGCGCCCAUCCACUGCAUGAUACUCUGGGAGAAGUUCCAGGAGCCCUUCGAUCUCAGUAUGCCAACUCGAAUGGCUGUGACCGUCUUACGGUUCUUUGCGUUUUGCCUGUCCUAUGCCAACAGUCUAACCAACCCCUUUAUAUAUGCUUUCACGACGGCCAGUUUUAAGAAACACUUCAAACGGGUACUGUCCUGCUCAGCCCCCAACGAAUGCACGGACACAAAAAGCAUGGGUCCAUCCACCACAUACAAGAAGAUUGGCAAAUUUCUGGUCGAGUCCCCAACAAGUUUCAAAACAAGACAGCCUGCUCAGGACGUGUAGCUGCGUCGACCAUGGCGGCGCCACGUGAGCGCUUUGCAGAUUUAAAUUUGCCGCGUUCCCAAACGCUUUGACAGUACGUGAUUGUGUAUGUGCUUGUCCACACAAUGUGUUACAAUUAAUCAUAACAUUUGCCUAAAAUUCUAAAGAUCACAAGUGCGAUUUUACUACAUUGCAGAUUGUUGCAUUGUCAUGAGGCUUGAAAUGAAUUAAAUGAGGUUGCAACAAAUGUACGAUUUUGUAGAGAUAAGGAUUUUCUUUUAGGCUGAGUGUUUUCCUUACAUUUGAAAUAUUUCAAAUAAGGAAAAAGAUGCAGUUUGUGCAAGAGUAACACAUCUUUGGACAGCUCUCAAGAUGUACAUCUUUAUUUCUACCGCUACUGACUAUUAUGUGUAUUCCAACAGCUAUGGCGUUUUAUUGUUAAUGUUCAUAAGCAGUGCCUGUGAUUGUACCUGUUUUCUUAAACAAAAACAAAAACAAAAAAAAAACAAAAAAACACGGAAAAAGAAAAAUCUUUCAGGCUAUCAAUUGUUUUUAUCGGCCGACUAUUUCUAUCGUCUGUGUGAUCUGCAGCAUAUUCACAUUUUUUUUUCUUUGCUGCAAAUUGUCGUUUUAGUGAAUUUGAAGAAUUUUGCCUGAAAGAGAAAAUGUCGGAUAUUAUACCUGUACCUUCGAAAUCAUUGGAAAUCGAUAUCAUUAAUUCUGUAUAUAGUACAUAGAAUUAUACGUCCCAGGCACGGGUACUUUUUGUUUUCAUUUUAUACUAUUUUUAACCAUUUUCUUUUAAUGUAGAUACGUAUAUAUAUUCCACAUUAUCUUGAAGGAACAACAGUAACUAUGACAGUAGUUGUCUAAAUAUCUUGCGUUUGAGUGUUUACCUAGCUUCUCGUUAGUACAAAUAAUCAGUUUUGUAGCGUAAUCUUGCAACUGUACAUUUGUCAUUGAGUUGUCACAAAGACACCUCAACUGAAGCAAAGAAAAAGAACUCCAAUUUUCCAUGAACAAAUAAAUAUCAUUACAAGACUAAAUUACAUAAUCCUUGAAAACUGCGCACAUUUUGCGUUCUUGUAAAGUUCUUGGAGAAUUGGACCAUAUUUGUUGCUGAAUCAAGGCAAAAUAUCUAUCUCAAAAUAAGACCUUAUUAAUUUUUCUUUGCCUGAUCUAUAGUUUAUGUAUAUAUUUCUUUAUUUUAUUGAUAGAUCUGAAACAAUGAAGUUGUUCAGGGGCUGUCAAGGAAAAAACUAAAGUUAUAAGAAGUCCAACACUGAAAAAGAUAAGAAUGAACGCUUGUUCAAACCACACAAAAUCAUAAACACAAAAAGGACAAUCACAACAAUUCAACAUGUGAAAAUAUUCAAGACACUAGGCAUAACGGAGAAAAAGCCAACAAAAUGGCACUUUGAAAACAAUAAACGAAAGUAGAAAAUAUUACACACAGGAUAAAAAAAGAAAAAAUACUUGUACAAUUAAUUUUUAAAGAACUAUGUUCAAUUUGACGAAAGCUUUGUAAAUAUAAAAAAAAAUGUCUUUUUUCAGCGUAAAUAAUUUCUCCAUCUGGUGUGUUUCAUCUCAAAACAAUAACGUGAUUACACAUUUUAGAUUAGGCCAACAAGGCAUGGAUAAGGAUGUAGAAAUAAAAACAAAUCACUUAAGUGUCCUGCGUCAGUUACAUUAUAUGAUUUCAGUUACAAUAUAUGAUGGUUUAUAUAUAUAUGAGUGUCCUGCGUCAAUUACAUUAUAUGAUUUCAGUUUACAAUAUAUGAUGGUUUAUAUAUAUAUGAGUGUCCUGCGUCAGUUACAUUAUAUGAUUUCAGUUACAAUAUAUGAUGGUUUUCGAGACCAUCGGUGGGGGGGACAAAAUAUGGAGCUAGUGAAGAAGACAACGCAAUGUCUGGAGACCGAUUGUUGUCUUGAUCAGUCCUUGAGCUUGAUUCCUACAUGCCCCCAUCCGGUGUAGUGAAGCUUGACUUGAUUGUCAAAAUCAGUCCCUAUAUUUGUACUAGUCAUACGAGAGAGGAAGUCUCGGUUAAUGACUCCAUCAACUCAGCUGUAGCGGACAGGUUUCUUUGAUCAGGUCUAUUUGAUGGGUUUAAUCAGACUUAAUGAAAAAUGUCGGUCAGUUAAACGGCAGCUUGCCGUUAGCCGAGAGUCGAGGAAAUGUAGGAAUUUGAUUUGACAUUACCUCGAGGCUAAUACCUGCAUCAAUAUUUCGGCUUCUUGUCAAAGAUGAGAUGUCUGAGACACGAAGCCCAUUUCCUACCGUCAUAUAUUCCCAGCUUUGCCUGCGUCCUCAUUGGUGACCGACUUUGGUGACGCAUUCUGUCUCGUGGUACUUCAGGGAAGAGAGAAACUUCCCACGUUCUCUUUUUUACAUGACACUGACAUGUCAUCAGCAUGGGAUGAUCAAUAUAAUCUCAACUACCUUCAAGUAGGGACACUAGACAUGGUAAUAUUCGCAAUGACAGCGUUAAAUAUAGACAAAUGACUAGGAGCAAAACCAUUUGCAAAUUGAGCACCACCAAUUACCUUUGCAUAUGCCUUUAGGGAGUUAGUACUGUUUCAGGGUUAACCCGAGUCCACUUUCAGAAGAAUGAAAAUCGUUUAAUUGUGAAGAAUUAUCCAUAAGCAACAGCAGAAUGAAAGAAAAUAUACACAUACUGUUCAGACAGACGAAAAACUAACGGACGGAUAUUGUAACACUGACUCUCAUGUUUUGGGUUUCCCUUUUUUCUUUUUUAAAUUAGUGAAACAGAUACAUGUGACUGAACUAACCGACAAUAACGAAGACGAUGUUUUGCCCCACUACGUUCAACAACUACUAUGGUGAAUAUUAUCCGUUGCUGUUUGUCAUUUUUUGACGUUUGACCAGAAGGUUUGAUCUUGGGACCUUUAAAUACCCUAGGUCAACUGGCCUUCCUUUGAUCAUACACACAGAGCGCUAAAUAUCGACAGCCUCGUUUGCAGUUUUUCUUUGGAGAUUUAAAGGUUGUCGAUAUGGCUGUUUAGGCACCUGUUUCUGGGCUGGUAAUGGUUGAUAUAUUAUAAGAACUGAGGCACGGAAUUUUUUUUCCACGGGGAACAUUACCGUCUUAAUCAGAGUGAUUCAUUCCGACAGAAAUUUUCCUUUAUCCCAGUCUGUUUCUUUCUUAUUGUCUCUUUUUGUCAUUGUAUUGUUUUGUCAAUGUCAUUGUUUUUUUCAUUGUUUCUGAAUCUUUUCAGUCUUGGGAGAAACUGUGAAUACAAUUUUCUGACUGGAACACAAACUGUAAAAACAGUUUGAACGCGUGGUGGGCCAUUUAAAAGAAAUUUAUCGUUUGCUUGGUACCAGCCGAUAGAUUUUUGUUUUGUCUGUUCGCUUGUUUCUUGUCCUUGAAACAUAGGUAGAACAGGGUCACUCCUCUAGACUUGGUGUGUAUGAUAUUGUAAUGAAUCUUGAACAUGAGUCGACCUUUGACCCCCAAAUGCAUCUAAGAAAUAAUGCCACUGUCCUAUAGUAGCAACAAAGUAUGUAGUUGACCCAGAAAAGGAAUGACCAAUUAUCUGCGCAUUUUCUUGUUGAAGUCAAUAUUGUGUAUUACAGAUGAAACUGGACAUAUAUAAUCAAGGGUGCUGGCAAUGUGGAAAAAAGUCUAGCUUUGUAGACACUUUUGUCUCACUGAUCGUUCUUCAUAAUUCGGUUUUAGGUACUUAUUAUCCACGAAUUUCAAUGCAUUAAGCCACCUUCCACAAAAUGGGCUGGUAACUGAUAAUUUGGCGUUUUAAAUAAAGGUUUCGUUGUCAUUGUUAUUGAGAAUAAGAAGAAACAAGUCUGACCACUUUUAAUGCUUGACGCUGUUGAUUAUUAGAAACCAGAUAGAAAUAUUUUAUGUUGACUAUGUAAUUAUGUGCAGAAUGCAAAUCGUAAUUUAAUGACGCGCCAGUUAUCAAGUCUAAGUGGAUGAAAAUGUGAAUAACACACGAUUGUUUAAAUAA